UUCAUGCGCAGAAGCGGCGUUUCCUCACAGCGUCAGUGCCAUGACAACAGGACGGUGGCUGCGAGCGCGAGCGCGAGAGAUGGAGUUGUUUGUGUAAAGGAGCAGUAACAACGGUUUUUAGGACCGGUACCGGGGACGUGAAGAGGCAGCAUGUCUCUCUUCAAGGCACGUGAUUGGUGGUCGGCAGCGCUCGGCGAGGGGGAGGAGUUUGACCAGGGAUGCCUCUGUGUCGGCGACGUGGACAACAGCGGCACCGGACAUGACAAGGUGGUGGUGGGCAGCUACAUGGGGAUGCUGCGCGUGUUCUCCCCCCACGCCAAGGACACGACCAGCGAGGGAGGUCAGCCCGAGGCGCUGCUUCUGGAAGUCCAGCUGCAGAGCGCCAUCAUCCAGGUGGAAGUGGGCAAGUUCGUCUCGUGUUCGGACCUCCUCCACCUGGCCGUUCUUCACCCCCGGAAGUGUUCCAUCUUCUCCGUUUCAGGCACCGCGGGCAACGUGGAGCACGGGGACCAGUACCAGCUGAAGCUGGUUUACGAGCACAACCUGAAGAGGACGGUCUGCAACAUGACCUUCGGCAGCUUUGGAGGCGUCACAGGCCACCACUCCCUGUGCAUCCAGUCCAUGGACGGGAUGCUGAUGUUCUUCGAGCAGGACAGCUACACCUUCGGCAGGUUCCUCCCCGGCUUCCUGCUGCCCGGCCCGCUGGUCUACAACCCCCGGACAGACAGCUUGCUGACGGUGUCCUCUGCCCGCCAGCUGGAGAGCUACAGGUAUGAGACUCUGGCCGUGGCCACAGAGGCGGAGAGUCGACACGACCCGGACCUGCCGCUCAAGACCGGAGCCAAGAGGCUGACGCCUGACUGGACCGUGGUCCUGGGAGAACAGGCCCUGGAUCUCUGUGUGCCCUCCUUCUCCCACGCCUCCUCCUCCAUCUUCGUCCUGGGCGAGAGGAACCUCUACUGUCUCCGUGACAACAGCCACAUCCGCUUCAUGAAGAAGCUGGAGUUCAACCCCAGCUGCUUCCUGCCCUACGCCUCAGUGACGGAUGGCACGACCAACCUGUUGCUAGGCAACCACACCAACAUGCUGCUGGUCUACCAGGACGUGACCCUGAAGUGGGCGGCCCAGCUCCCCUUCGUGCCCGUGGCCGUUUGCCUCGCCAACUUCCCGGAGAUAAACGGAGUGGUGGUCAGCCUGAGCUCUGAGGGUCACCUGCUCUGCUCCUACAUGGGUACAGACCCCUCCUUCUUCUCCACGCCCAAGGUGGACGCCAGGGAGGCGGACUACGAGCAGGUGGACGCCGAGAUGAAGAAGCUGCAGAGGUUCAUCAGAGAGGCCUCCAGGACUCAAGACAUCCUGCCUACAUCCGACACCGCGGAGGAGCUGAUGGUCACGGUGGCCGUGUCCUCCAGCAUGGACAGCCCAUCGCAAUCUCUGAUCCAGGACAUCGACGGUCUGUCCGUCCCCUCGGUGACCGUACAGGUGAAGGUGAAGGCCCGAAGCGUCGUACAGUCGUCUAAGAUGACCGUCGCCAUCCAGCCUCCGUUGGCCGUCACUCAGGACCAGUUCGUCCUGGAGCCCAUGGAUGUUGGCUCCUCCACUGUUGUAACUUUUUCGGCGUUCCUCAACGGGCGUUACCCCCCCGCUGACCUGACCGGAGACGUCACUGUGUCCUACAGCUCGCCCACAGAGCUUAACCCUAAAGGCGUCCCCCGGGUUCUGCAGGCCUCCUUCGCUCUUCCUCUGGCGCUGCUGUGCGUCCCGUCGUCUCCGGCCAAAGCCACCAAGCUCAAGAUCACCGUGGACACCAACCAGCCGCCGGUGGACCUCGCCGCCAUCUUCCCGGAGUUCUCAGCUAAAUCCGAAGAUAAGGACGGGAAUAGUUUGGCUUUCCAGUUCCUGUCUGGAGCCAAGGUGACCCUGCAGGCCUCCAAGACCUCCCAGCGUUACCGCAUUCAGAGCGACCGCUUUGAGGACAUGUGGAUGGUGGUGAGGGAGCUGGUGAAGAGGUUCGACCAGCACUUCUCCAAACUGGGAGUCAAAGACUUCAAGAAGAGCUUCAGCGGACCCCUCCCCCUGCAGGACUACUUCCUGUGUGUAGACCACCACUUCCAGCUGCGUGUCAGCGCUCAGCAGUACCAGGACCUGCUGUCGGAGAGGGCCGUCCAGUUCAGAGCCAUCCAGCGCCGCCUGCUGACCCGGUUCAAAGACAAGACCCCGGCGCCGCUGCAGAACCUGGACACCCUGCUGGACGCCACCUACAGCCAGGUGAUGGCGCUGGCGGAGGCGGCGGAGCAGAACCGGGCGCAGCUGGAGGAGGCCUUCGUGCGGCUGCGCGGCGCCUCGCGCCUGCUGGUGCUGCUGGUGUCGCUGUGGCAGGGCCUGAGCCCCGAGCAGACGGGCCUGCUGGAGGCCGCGCUGCUGCCGCUGCUGCAGGACACGCCACAGCUGGGCUGGGAGGAGUGCUGCGACGCCGCCGUCACCCACCUCCUGCGGAGCUGCCUCUCGCGGAGCCCCAAGGACCAAGCCACGUCUCUGGCCCAGCAGGGGGGCUCCCAGCUGGGGCUGCCCCCCGACACUGCCCGCCUCAAGAAGCACAUCACCCUGAUGUGCGACCGCAUCGGCAAAGGAGGCCGCCUCAGCAUGGCCUCCGAGGCCAACGCGCCCCCCCCCGAGCAGGUCCAGAACCUGGCCGCGCCCGGAGGCGUGCAGCCCAUCGCGGAGGCGGCGGGCGAGGGAGACGAGCUGGACCUUCCUCCCGAGGCGACCAGGUUCAUCAAGAAGAAGCAGGCGUCCAAGAAGGCCAAGAAAGGUACCGAGGCCAGCUGUGAGAACGAGGGGGAAGUCCUCCACAUCCCCAACAUCACCGACAACCCCUGCAUCACCUGCGUGUGUCUGGAAGGGAAGGCGGACUGUAAGCAGGAGAAAUGUCCCCUGGUCCCUGAGGACUGUGCUCUGGUGGUGAAGCAGACCGGCGCCUGCUGCGAGAGGUGCAAAGGCUGCACGUUGGACGGGCGAUCUUACAACAGCUCUGGAUCCUGGACCAGCUCCACCAAACCCUGCAAAACCAGACGCUGUCAGGAAGGCGUCGUCACCGAGGCCGACGUCCAGUGUGUCGUCCACUGCAGGAACCCCAAGAUCCACCCCAAGAAGUGCUGCCCCACCUGCCCCAGUUGCAUCUUCGAGGGUCGCCUGUACAAAGAGAAGGAGGAGUUCAGUCCUGAGGGCAAAGCCUGCAUCAAGUGCACCUGCACUGGAGGGCGGACCCUCUGCAUGAGGGAGGCGUGUCCUGUUCUUUCUUGCCCCGCCCACCUCAGCCACACCCCGCCGGGACAGUGCUGCCCGCGAUGUCUCGGCCAGAGGAAGGUGUUCGAUCUGUCUCUGGGAAGCUGUCUGUUUCACAGCGAGGUUUACGAGGACGGAACGUCCUUCGUCCACGACAACUGCACCACCUGCACCUGCAAGGAUUCCACGGUGGUUUGCAAGAAGCGGUGCUCACAGCCGGGGGGUUGCCACGGCGACCAGUGCUGCGACCAGUGUCUGUCCUACGUGAGGGUGGAGGAGGUGAAGUACUGCAGAGUCCGGAAUAAGAUCUACAGGGAAGGAGACAUGUGGUCCUCGGUGAACUGCACCCUGUGCAGCUGUGACAGAGGGAGCAUCGAGUGUCGGCCCAAGCAGUGCGUUCCAAUCACCAGCUGCCCCUCGAAUAAGAUCCUGAACAGGACCGGCUGCUGUCCAGUGUGCACUGAAAAGCCGGGGGUGUGCACCGUGUUCGGCGACCCCCACUACAACACCUUCGACGGCAGGACCUUCAACUUCCAGGGCACGUGUCAGUACGUUCUGACCCGGGACUGCGGCGGCGCCGGCGGCCCCCCGGACCCCAGCUUCAUGGUGCUGGUGAGGAACGACGCCCGGCGGACCCGCUCCUUCUCUUGGACCCAGUCGGUGGAGGUGCGGCUCGGGGGUCUGACCCUCGGCCUCCACCAGCACCUGACGGUGCGCAGGAACGGCACCCGCAUCGCGCUGCCCUACCACGGCCCGGGGGUGCACAUCGACCUGGACGGGUACCUGCUGAAGCUCACCACCAUCGCAGGUCUAGAGAUCACGUGGGACGGCGACAGCUUCGUGGAGGUGGUGGCGGCCCCCCACCUGCGGGGGCGCCUGUGCGGCCUCUGCGGCAACUACAACGGGCACAAGCGCGACGACACCAUGGGGGGCGACGGCGGCUUCAAGUUCGACGUGGACGACUUCGCCGAGUCGUGGCGGUUCGAGGGGAACGAGGUCUGCCCCCAGCAGCCCCCGCCCCGCCGCCCCGCCUCCUUCCUCUGCCCCGGCAGCGCCAAGGUCCGGCUGCGCGCCCACCGCGAGUGCCAGAAGAUCAAGUCCAGGGAGUUCCAGAGGUGCCACCGCGCGGUGGACAUCGCCCCCUUCUACAGGUCGUGCGUGACGGACAUGUGCGAGUGUCCGGUCCAUAAGAACUGCUACUGCGAGUCCUUCAUCGCGUACAGCCGAGCCUGCGAGAGGGAGGCGGCGCCCGUCCUGUGGCGGCCCGACGCCGCCUGCAUGGCGACCCAGUGUAAACACGGCGCCGUGUACGACACCUGUGGACCCGGCUGCACCAAGACCUGCGACAACUGGAACGACAUCGGGCCGUGCCACAAGGCGUGCGUGGCGGGCUGCCACUGCCCCGCCGACCUGCUGCUGCUGCAGGGACGCUGCGUCAAGCCCACCGCCUGCCCCGGCCGGUGACCCUCGUGACCCAGUGG